UUCUGGCGUCCACAUUACGAGUUCCUUUGUCUGCUAAAAUUACUUCAAGAUUGUUAAAUUGCGGCAGUUUUAUGUAUAGUUGUAACACAAGUUGUGAAUCCCUGCAUAUUUUUUUAUAUAUUUUUAAUUGUAAUGAGUGAAUAGACUUGACAUUCUUUUGUUUACAAGGGCUUCUGAAAAGCCGGAUUAAAAAUUCCAUUUGGUUUCGUUUACAUAACCCAGAUGCUGCAGUAAAGUUACUUCGAUAUUUUUUUUAUGUAGAAGCUGUUCGAAAACGAAAAAACAUUUCACAUUGUAAAGCAUAUAGAAUAUUUAAAUAUGCACGAGACGGAAGCGUUGAGGUUUUUAUUGGUCUUGGUAGUUUCUUUUGAGAAUGCGAUAUUUGUUGCUGGUGAGUCCUUGGCUAAGUGUGAACAGGCUCCGGCGCACGCGCAGCCCACCGAUGAUCAUUUCAGCUUGCGUAUAUCGGGCGAACCAGAUUUGUUUAUACCAGGAGAGCUGUAUACCGUUACGCUCCGAGGGGCUAACAGCGGUCAAGGCCCCAAUCCGUUUACCGGCUUCAAGAUAUGGGCUGAAGUCGCGAGUGAUUUUACAAAAGACGAAACAGAGCAAGGAGACCUGAGAGCAACAGCUGACCCUCACCAGCCGUUGGGAGUAUUCCAGGCUUACGAUGCCCAGACUAAACUUCAUGAAUCCUGCGCUCCAGCCGUCGAUAAUGCUACUGCCCACCCUAAGACAGAAGUGCAGGUAAUAUGGAAUGCACCUUUAAGUGUGAGAGGAGUUUGCGUGCGGCUGUCCGCUCGUGUCGGUCCCACGCUGGCCGCAAAUAAAUGGUCUGUUUUGGCUCGUAAGAUCUGCCCCACUUCGGCUGGACCUUCUAGCUUAAAUCGACAACCACCCAUUGUUGAGCCCUGUUGUGCUUGUGAUGAAGCAAAAUAUGAGGUAAAUUUCGAAGGAAUGUGGUCUCGCAACACCCAUCCUCGUGAGUUUCCUCCGGAGAAUGCUCAUGCCCAUUUUGGUGAUAUAAUUGGCGCCUCACAUACUGCACAGUACAGGGUCUGGCAAGAAGGUCGGGUAGCGACGACUGGUUUAAGGCGUCUCGCCGAUGACGGCUCUACCACAGCCCUCGAAAAGGAAUUAAAAGCAGAGAGUGAUCAUAUCCGUACGAUAAUCAAAGCCCGUGGUAUAUCGUGGCAGCAAGUGACGGGAACUGGCAUUCCAAGUACGUUUGCUGUGUUUCGUGUAGACGCCAAGCACCAUCUGGUAUCUUUGGCUGCCAAAUUAGCUCCUUCGCCAGACUGGAUCGUAGGAGUUUCGGCGUUGGAGCUCUGCAACGUGAAUUGUACAUGGAGAACGUCGGCCUCACUGUCGUUGUACCCUUACGAUGCUGGUACAGAUAAUGGCAUAAGUUAUACUUCUCGUCGUAUGCCAACGAUUCCAGCGGCGCCCGUACGAGCCCUUAGGACGGAUUGGCCUCGCGAUGUGCGCUCACCGUUUUUCAGCACGACCGGGGAAAUGAGACCCUUUGCGCGCGUUCGAUUAACCAGAUUGCGUUUAUAUGAGAAGAGCUGUGAUGUCACAGAGCCCGGAACGGAUCAGAACGUUCAAGAAGGUGUCGGUGCGGGCGGCUGGUGCGCGACACACGGGUGGGGUCCGUGGGGUCCGUGCAGCGUGACGUGCGGUGCGGGCCGCGCCUCCCGCCAGCGCGACUACGUCUGGCCGGCGCGGGCCCACGCUGAGGCUUGUCGCGUCCAACUUACAGAUUACAAACACUGCCACGGACCGAGGAUGCAUUGCCGAGCUGUAUCGGAAUACGAGCCGGACCCAGCGGAGUCGAGCGGGCCGUGUGCGAUGUCUCCGUGGUCGGAGUGGUCCCCGUGCGACGGGUGCGGGGUGCGGGCCCGCACGCGGCACUACCUCGCCCCGCGAGCGUACAAACGAUGUCACAUCGGCUUCCGCGCCCGCACUAUACUCAGCCAGGCCAUGCCCUGCGCCGAGGGACCGUGCGAACAGCCACCGCCCCGAUACGCGAACAUGUCGAGUUUCGAUUGGUUUUUCGUGGACAAUCCUAGAGGAGAGUGUAGAGUGACGUCAUGGAGCGACUGGUCGCCGUGCUCGGCGCGGUGCGGGCGCGGCCGCCGACUGCGUACGCGCGUGUACGUAGUGCGGGAGACGCGCGUGCAACAGCUCAUGUCGAAACGAUUGCUGGCUCAGUGGAAUCAACGUUUUGCCGAAUUGCAGAACUUGGAAGUUGCUACAGAAAACGUAACCUCAGAGGACCCAGAAAUUGAAAAUCUCGUAGAGGAACAUCUGGAACGAUGCCAGUUCACUUUGACUCAACAAGAGGCCUUUUGCGACGGAGAAGACAGAAGCUGCAUCAAUUUUAAUGACUCUUCAAAAAUCUGCAAGCUACCGAUGUCGGUUGGCUAUUGUCGCAGGUAUCAGGAGCGUUGGUUCUUUGACUGGCCUCGCAAGUCCUGUGAACCGUUCGGAUACUCCGGCUGCGGAGGGAACGAUAAUAAUUUCCGUGACAGAGAUGAGUGUUUGAGCGUAUGUCACAAGAACACCUCGGUAGGAAAGAAAUCGGAAGCUGUGAGCGAAACGAGAAUUAAAAAAAUGAAGGCGACCCCUUCAUCUGAUGACAACGAGGUCAUGUUGAAUGACAAGCCAGCGUUGCGCGAUUCAAUGAAGUGUGCAACUGGUCCGUGGCUCGGAUGGAGUAACUGUGUCGGCGACUGUAAUUACGCUGUCAGACUCAACUACAGAUUAGUAUUGAGUAAAGACUCAGGUCUGGGGACUUCAUGUCGAAGGCUUGUGAAGAGUCGCUCCUGCAGGCCAGUCCAGUGUCGGAACGCUAUUCUGGCUCCCACAACAGACUCGACCAUCGACAAAGAUAAUACUCUAAGGAAUAGUUUAACUUAUGAAUAAAACACUGUAGACCCUCCUUAAUUAUUAAUCCUUAAAAGUAAUCUUUUAUAAUUAGAACUUCAAAAUUUUAUAGAAAUAGUAUCUUAUACCUACAGACAAGUUCAGAGAGAUUGUGAUUUAUGACUAUUUAACGUUAUUAUGUCAAUUCCAAGAAUCUCAUAUUUGUGUUAUAAUAAUUGUAGUCAUUAAUAAAUUACAUAGAUACACCUAAUAAUCUAAUUAUUGACAACUGAGAAUUCGAUUUAAUACCUCAACGUGACUCCAGUGACCACUUCACAUCAGGAGAGCCGUGAGAUCAUUCACCCAACAAUAAAAUAAAUAAGCAUGGCCGCUCUUAGUCUAACCGACUCUAGUUCAUCACUAAACGAUUCAAAAAUAACUCUAAGAGGUCAAGGUAUUUCGUUAUCUGUGUCAAGUACAUGGCUACGUUAUCUCUUAAUCGAAUUAUCAUUUGCAUAUUCAAAUGAAUUCCUGUUUCUAUUUCAUAAUGUAUAAAAUAAAUUAUAAUACUCCCGACCUGUUAUCUAUUUGUUUAUUUAGUAUUUUAAACGACUGAUUGAAAAUGUCAACAUAUCGACGCCAUUUUAUCAAUCAGUGUUUGAUGUACUGUCGGGAAUAUUUCGUCACUGAUAGUUAAGGGCUUCCUACAAGUUUAAUAAAUAU